UCGUUUGUGAUGCCUGUAGAAGAUCAGAUCCUUUUAACGUUAAUGCGUCUUCGUAUGGGACUGCUUCUCAUAGACCUAGCGUUUCGUUUUCAGGUGUCCACUGCGCUCGUGAGCCAAAUAUUUUCAUUCUGGGUCUCCCAUCUGGCACAGGUUUCGAAAAAGUAUCUCAUGUUUUGGUUGCCAACUGAAACGAUUCGGCUGUCAUUGCCUGAUGUUUUCAAAGACAUGCCUCGGACUACAUGUAUAGUCGACUGCUUCGAGAUCUUUUCUGAUAGGCCGCAAAACCUAUUGAGAAGGGGGAAAAUGUUCAGUUACUACAAGAGCCACAAUACCGUCAAGGUGCUUCAUGCAGUGGCACCUAACGGCUUCAUCAUGUUCAUUUCCAAAGCCUACGGCGGGCGUGCAAGUGAUAGGUACAUUACGGUGAAUUCUGGAUUCCUCGAUCACCUCGAGUACGGAGAUGAAGUGCUCGCCGACAGGGGCUUCACCAUUGCUGAUGUUUUGCCAGUUGGAGUGGAACUCGCGCUACCUUCCUUCACAAAGGGAAAGCAGCUAGCAGCGCGCGAUGUUGUGGUGUCGCGCAGACUUGCCAAACUGCGGAUUCAUGUCGAGCGGUCGAUCCGUCGUAUGAAGUGUUUUCGUAUACUGAAGCAUGUACCCUCGUCGUACUUAGCAAAAAAGAACAAAAUUGACGACAUUUUGGCUGCUGUUGCUGGGCUCUGCAACCUCCAGCCUGCUCUCAUCAAAGGGCCACAGCACGAAGAAAGUGAAGUUUAA